AUGCUAACUAUAUCUUCUUCUUCAACACCAGCUGCACUUCGUCGACCAGUUCUUCGACGUCGUCAUUCACAAUCAUUAGAUCUUUAUCGUCCACGUACAAUAACUAUUGAAAAAACAACAACUAGUGCAUCAUAUGGAUUUUCAAUUCAAACAUAUGGUUUUGCUUCAUUAAAUCCAUUAUCAACUGAUGAUUCAGCAUGUUCACUUGUAUCAUUAUCAUCUGGAAGUACAUUAAGUCGUAAAUCAUCAGCAUCAAAUUCCUUUUGUUUAUCAUCAUCACAAAUAGCACCUAUACAAUUGGUUACAUAUGUUGAUAAUGUACAAGAACAAAGUCCAGCAUGGGAUGCAGGUUUACGUGCUGGUUCAGUUAUUUUAUCUGUUAAUGAUGAAACAGUUGAACAUGAUGAUCAUGAAACAUUAGUUAGACGUAUAACACAAGCAUCUAUGACACAAUUAAAAUUAGUUAUUAUACAACAAAAUAUUAAUAAACAAAUAGCAUUAUGUGAACAAUUACAACAAUUACAUAAACAAUUACAAGAAAAAGAAGAAGAAUUAGAAGAAUUAUGUAAACAAGAAAAGAAUAGGAAUGAAAAUAUACCAGUUAAAGAAACUGAAUCUCCAUCACCACGACUUCAACAUGUAUCUGAAGAUUCACCAGAAAAUUCCUCAUCAUUUUGUCAUAAUAAAAUUCCAUUAGAUUGGCGUCAAAGUGUAACAACAUUUGCUCAUCAACAAAAAUUAACACAGCGAGUAUUACCUCCAGUAUUAACUGCAUCGGCAUCAGUAUCAUCAUCAAAAUAUCUUAAAAAUCGUAAAUUAAAUCCAUCACAAAAUCAUGGACGUAGUUUAUCAUUGUCUACACUUGUUUUACAAUAUUCCAAACCAUCUAUACUUCGUCAUCAUUCAUCAAUCAAACAUCAACGUAAAUCAAAUAAUCGUCGAGCACUUUCACACGAAGAAAUCUUUUAUCCAAAUAAUAAUCGUUUGGCACGCCGAGGAGAAGAUGAUAGUAUACUUGCAUCUGGUUGUUCAUUAGCAAUGGAUUUAUCGAAAAGUUUUGAUAAAAAUAAUCAUCAUUUAUCAUCCUCAUCCUCAUCAUCAACAUCGACAGUAAACUCAGAUGACUAUGGAAAUAAUCCAGAAGACAAACUUGAUAAUCAUAUUAAACAAUUUAAAUGGAAAUUAAAAAUAAGCAAAUAA